AUGGUCAAUUGGUCGGACCCACUCGUGAUUGCAAAGUGCGGCGCCAUUUUCAGCAACCUCGCCCACGUCUGCGCCGGUGCAUAUACCUUUGAUAUCUGCGUCGCGUUUGUAGACUAUGAUUGGGCAAUUAUCAGCCGCAAGCGUCCCUGGAGGCACACUAUGAUCCUUUACUUCUUGUGCAAAUACACCAUGCUCUUCUCCAUCAUUGGCAUGCUCAUCGCUCUCAACACCACCACAAAGGUUGACUGCCAGGCCCUGUACACCUACAACCAGUUCUUCGGUAGCGCUGCCAUCGGAACGGCCUCGACUCUCCUGAUGUUGCGCACGAUUGCUAUUUGGAACAAGAACUGGUUUGUCACCAUUCCCCUGGUGCUCAUCUCUCUUGGCCACUGGAGCAUCCUCAUGUAUUCGGUGACCGCUGUCCGUGCAGUAUUCAACGUGGAUGCCAAGACUUGUGUUGUCGUCUCGACUGGAAACCAGCACAACAACUUGACUCUGAACUUGCUCUAUCUCUAUACCAUGUUCGUCGACCUUGUCGUGUUGAUUGUUUCCAUCACCGGUUUGUUGCUUACCCCUGGCCGCUCCUCGCUCUGGAAGCUCUUGUUCAAAGAUGGCAUUGUUUUCUUCUUGGUGGCCUUUAUUUGCAACGCCCUUGCUGCCUCUGUGCUCCUACUCGACCUUAACCCCGCUAUGAACCUGAUGUUCAGCAUCCCCGCCGCCUGUUUGACUGCCGGUGCCGCCGCGCGUUCGUACAUCCGUCUCUCCAACUGGUCCAACCAGGACGUCUACGUCCACAACUCGUCGAACCCAGGCCGUGGUGGUAUCACCACGCGCAAGGGUGGCAUGCCCGAUAGGCACGUCGCGACCAACAUGUCUGCUGUCAACUGGUCUCGCCCUCGCCAGACCGAUAUUGAGCUCGGCGUUGCGCGCGACGACUCGUCCGACGACUAUAAGGGCACCAUGCGCACCGUUGGCUUUGAACGCGGUGUUGCAGGUCAAAAGGAUGGCAUUAUGAUUACGACUGAUACGUUUACCAAUGAGGAAACAAAACAGAAGAAGAAACGCGCAUCCAACGCGUCCUCGCUCGAAUUCGACUCGGCCCGCUCCUUCCCCGAGGACACCAACCAGCCAUCGACCCACACCUAUGGCAAGGGAAUCCCCGCUGCUGGUGGACGAUGGUAG